AUGGGUGCCUUUUCACUCACCCAAAUUUGUAGAGUUACUGUAAUUAUCUACAAUCACAAUAUUAUUGAUGUUGAUACUCACCAAGCUCUUAUGAGUUUAUCAUCUUCCAAGAAUGGUUCCCAUCGAUUCUCUUCAAUUGAAUAUUUGAAAUUACCAUUUUUAACACCACCAAAUGAAUAA